UUUAAACUUGACGAAGUCAACUCCGCGAGAACAAAUCAUGUUUAAUUUUAUAAAUAGUGGUAAAUAAAUAAAUGUGAAUUGUAAUUAUUAUUUUAUUUUAUACGAAACAUAAUGUGUUGAGUGAUGUAGUGAGAUUGUAUCGUUUAAGGGAUUUAUUAACUUAAGAUGGCAGAAAUAAUAUUUCAACGACGAAAAGUAGCCAUAGUGGUCAACGAACCAAAUCCACUGAUAAUAUUACUUAUAAUAUCAAUAAUACAGUCAUGCACGAGCCAAGUGAUAAACAGAGCACCGCACUUCGUGCCGCAGACGGGGGACAUGGGUGCUUUCAGUCUUCCGGAAGACACGCCUGUUGGCACACCGGUUUACCAAUUAAAAGGAAUUGAUCCAGAGAAUGGCCCAUUACGGUAUUCAAUAUCUGGCCAAUAUUUUUCUGUCAACCCACAAACCGGUGUGGUCACAUUAGCCAGAACUCUGGAUAGAGAAGAGCAAGACUCGCUCGAAGUAAUUAUUAGUAUUACAGAUGAAGGCGUUGCGAACACAGAACCCAAUACCGUGUCGCUCCGCCGCGUCAUACCCGUGAAGGACGUCAACGACAAUCCGCCUGUUUUCCACAACCGACCCUAUAUCGUCAAUAUAAGUGAAUCUACUCCUAUAGGGACAGAAAUUGAGGUUACACCAAAUAUUAUUGUAACGGACCGCGACGAUGAUAUUAACGCUAGAAUACGAGUGAAAUGUACAACGAAAGAAAAAGGAAGCGAUUCCGAAGCAUGCAAUACGUUUGGCAUCGUCACUGAUAUGAUUUCACCCAACGAGUACCAAGUUCGAAUUUUCCUCAACAACCCAUUGGACUUCGAAAGUAGGUCAGCGUACGUAAUUAGCUUAGAAGCGUCCGAUUCAUCUGACAGACCACUUCGAGCUACUGCAAGUGUCUCAGUUACGGUGGCUGAUGUUCAAGAUCAACCACCUUCUUUUACCAAUGCACCAUAUUCAGCAACAGUACCAGAAAAUACACCACCAAAUACUAGUAUAAUGGAAAUCAUAGCAAAAGAUGGUGAUACUGCCAAUCCCCGUCCAGUAUUACUGACGUUAGAAGGUGAUACAGAACAAUAUUUUAAACUAUUACCUGAUAGAGCCAUAGGUCGUUCUGUAUUAGUCACUUCAGAUAUACCAAUAGACCGAGAAAGCGACAUAGUAAUUCAAAAUGGAGGCGUGUACAACUUUUUUGUUAAAGCCACAGAGUUAAUAAAUAAUGAGGUUCCAUCUGAUUACACUGUAACGCCUGUUACUAUCAUUGUCACAGAUGUAGAUGAUCAUGUUCCAAAAUUUAAUAAAGAAGUCUUUGAUAUAUCUAUACCAGAGAACAUCGAAAACGGGAGCCCCAUACCAGGUUUAUCGAUAUACGUCGAAGACAACGAUAUCGGACAAAAUAGCAAAUAUGAUUUGAAAUUACGAGAUGUAUAUAAUUCAGAAGGUGUUUUUGCUAUAAGUACAGAAUAUGGUGAGGGAAGAACACCAAUUAGUAUCAAAGUAAAAGACUCAUCAAAACUUGAUUAUGAUGUUGAUGAUGAAGAACAAAGACUUUACAGUUUCGAUAUUGUAUCUUCAGUAGGUAAUUUAGAGUUAUCAUCUGCUCGAGUAAAUAUUAAACUAUUAGAUAUGAAUGACAACGCACCAAUAUUUGAACAAUCAAGUUAUAAAUUUAAUGUAUUAGAAAAUGCAACUAUUGGAACUAAAAUUGGUGAUGUGCAAGCAACAGAUAAGGAUUAUGGCAUAUUUGGUGAAAUAGAUUAUUUUUUGACUGGGUUUGGUUCUAAUUUAUUUAAGACUGAUAGCAGCAAAGGAGGUUUAUAUGUAGCGCAACUACUCGACUAUGAAAAACAGAAAAGCUAUAGUUUAACACUUCUAGCAAAAGAUGGUGGAGGUAAAGGUACUACAACUAGUAUAUAUGUAGAUGUAUUAGACGUUAAUGAUAAUGCCCCAUUAUUUGAGUCUGUGGAUUAUAGUAGAACUAUUAGAGAUGGUGCUACCAGCUUUGAACCUCAAUUUAUAAUAAGGGCGAGCGAUGCAGAUGGAGUAUCUCAAGGAAAUGGUCAAAUAAGGUAUACACUGGAAUCUGACAAUAGUAUCACACAUAAAGGCAACGUAUUUGGAAUAAAUGAAAAGACUGGAGAAAUCACUAUUGUGGAUAAAGUAGAAACUAUGGAUACACCUAGAGGACAAUAUGAACUUGUUGUUAGAGCUACAGACUAUGGAAAUCCGCCACUUUAUAAUGAAACAAAAGUUUAUAUUCGUGUUGGUGUACCUGGAAAUCAACGCCCAACUUUUAAAGGAAAUUACCAUCACUAUAAAUAUACUGUAACCCAAAGAAAUCCCGAGAGUAAUGAAGACUACACAUUCGAUUUAAAUCCCAUGAACUACAAAGCUAGUAUCAGAGAAGAUGCAAAACCAGGAGAAAAUGUAACAAUGGUUAUUGCCAGUGAUCCAGAUGGAUUAGAUAAUCUUUUGACAUAUCAUAUUGUUUCCGGAUCAAAAGAUAACUUUGUUAUUAAUGAAAAGACUGGAUUGAUAACUGUUUCAAAUGACGCUAACCUAGAUCGUGAUGUAAAUGCUGAUAAAUAUGAAAUUCUUGUGUCAGCUGUAGACAGUGGUAUGCCAGUACCCGAAACUGCUACUACUACAGUAUUUGUCACCAUACAAGAUGUUAAUGAUAAACCACCCAAAUUUAAUAUGACAGAUUCGACCACAUAUAUCUCAGAGAAAACAAAACUUGGCGACUUAGUGACUACAAUAUCUGCUUAUGACACGGAUGUUAAUGCGAAACUAAAAUACAGUUUAACAGAACCUAUGAAAGCUUUCUCAAAAGCUGGUGUUCAGCUUAAACCAAAUUCCCCAUAUGACUACAAAAAAAUAUUUCGAAUUAAUGAAGAUACUGGAGAAAUAUUUGUCAACGGAACGUUGGAUUAUAGUCAAGCAUCCAUUGUUAUUUUAACUAUCAAAGUUGUUGAUAUAAACGCUGAACUUAAUAAAGAUAAACAAUUUGCUUAUAUUGAACAUACAAUAUAUAUUCAACCAUACGCUGACAAAAAUCCACAGUUUACAAACCCUGGUUGGUCAAGUUCCAAUUCAAUAAUAUACCAUAAAAUCAAAGAAGAACAACCAAUUGGUAGUACGAUUCUAGUUUUGACGGCAGAAGAUCCUGUUUCUGGCCAUGUGAUAACAAAUUUUAAAGUUAUAAAUUCAGGUACUGGAUUGUUGCAAGUUGAUCCUUUGAGUGGACAGGUGGUUUUAACGAAACAUUUAGAUUACGAAGAGCUAACAACAUCUAAUUUGACAUUAACUGUUAAAGCUACUAGUAAUGAUGGUAGUAAGCAUAGUAUUGGAAAAAUAAUAAUAGAAGUUGAGAAUUUAAAUGACAAUCCGCCAUUGUUUGAAAAAGAGCUUUACAAAGUAAGUGUAUUGGAAUCGAUCAAGCAUCCUGAACAAAUUGUGACUGUAAAAGCAACAGAUGCAGAUGCUGUAUUGAGUGAAGACGACAAACUCAAAGGCUACGCGGAUAUCCGAUAUACAAUAAAAGGAGAAAAUUCUGAUUUGUUCUCUAUUGACAAUGUUACUGGAGUAAUUAAGAUAGCACCGAAUAAGACUUUGGACCGAGAGCGUCAAUCGGUUUUGAGAUUAACAAUAGAAGCUGUUGAUACUCCAAAUGGCGGUGCUGAUCGUCUAAAAUCGGAAACUACAGUGUUGAUAGAUGUGUUGGAUGUUGACGACAAUGCACCGUCCUUUGAGAAAAAUGUCUAUACUGCUGUCGUGCCAGAAAAUGUGCCAAUUGGGAUUAGCAUAAUUAAUGUAACUGCUACAGAUCCGGACGAAGGACUAGGUGGUGAAAUUAGAUAUGAUUUUCUAGAUGAAGGUGAAGCAAAUGGUUUCUUCACGAUAGAUGCAAUGACAGGGGAAAUAAAAACACGUAGAGACUUAACAGGUCGCGGUCGGACGGACCCGUACCGGCUGCUCAUUGGCGCGACUGAUGGUGGGGGGCACACUGGGGACAGUUCUUUGUCGCUAUACAUUGGCGAUGUAAGUGCCAACGAUGGUGUUCCCAGGUUCAUUAGGCCGGCAGCGGGUGAGGUGUUGACUGUAAGCGAGAACGCUACCAUUGGAUCGACGGUAUUCCAAGUCGUCGCCAGCGACCCGGACGAUCCCACCCAACCUUCCGGACAGCUCUUCUAUUCCAUCCAACAGAGCAACGCUGAUGCUAAAUCGUUUGCUGUUGAUCCACGAUCGGGUAUAAUAACGACCCGCCAGUCGCUGGAUCGUGAGCGUAAAGCGUCGUACACACUGGUGUUACUGGUGAGUGACAGGGGACAACCGCCGCAGCAGAGUACGAGGAUAGUGACGGUCGCUGUUGCAGACGUUGAUGAUCACAAACCACACUUUGGGAGAAACUUGGAUGACCCUCCAUUAUUAAUGACAAUCAAAGAGGAAGUACCAAUAGGAACAGUUGUUGGAAUAUUCGAAGCAAUCGACGAAGAUAUCGGUGACAAUGCUGCAAUCGACUACGCAAUUACAGCUGGAAAUAAACUGGGUCUAGUGAAAUUGGAAAGAACGAACAACAGUAAAGCAAUGAUAAAAGUAGCCGCAAGAUUGGACAGAGAAGCAAUAUCGAAACUGUUACUUACUGUAAAAUGUUACAAAUAUAAUACUAAACCUAAAUUAAAUGUAGCUUAUAAUAGAUUGGAUCCAUCUGAAAUCCAAAUACUAAUAAAAAUAUUAGACGUCGACGACCAUCUUCCUGAAUACGAAAGUGCCAAUAUGACUAUCGGAGUACGUCUGAAUGUACCAAUAGAUACAAACAUUGCAACGAUCAAAGCGAUAGACAAAGAUCCCGAUGCAUUAGCAAUAAAUUAUAAAAUAGUCAAUAUGAGUUUCGAAUCACCAAUUAAAACGAAAUCGCUAAAUAAUAUAACAGAUGUUAUUGUAUUAAAUAACGUUACUGGAGAAUUGAAAAUUAUGAAGAAUCUGAUCCAUUACGCUGAUGGAAUAUUCAGGCUUGUGGUACGAGCGAACAAUUCCGAGGAUCCCACCAGAUUCAGCGAUAUUUCAGUAGAGGUGGUGGUGGUGCGCGAGAGGGAGCUGCUGCGGCUGGUGGUGGCGGGCGGCGGGCGCGCGCGGCUGGCGGCGCUGCGCGGGCGCGUGGCCGCCGCGCUGGCGCCGCGCCGCCUGCGGCUGCAGCUGCACGACGCCGCGCACACCGCCCUCUACGGUGACCUUGGGCCUUGCUUCCAAUUUCGCAAAAUGGAGACCGGGGAAGCACUCACGCCCAAAGCUAUGAAGGCCACAAUAAGAUCUCUAGGAACAGAGUUCCAGGAGAUCCUAGAGUCGUUCAACGUGCACAACAUUACGAGCUGUGGCGUGUCCCGUACGAAACAUUCCCCGGCGCAGCACGCGUUGCUGGCUCUAGCUGGGGUGUUGCCAGUUGCAGCGUUAAUCGCGGCCAUUGUACUGUGCUGUAUGCAUUCAAAUGCCAAACAUCGAGCACGUUCAGCUCUCCUGCUGGCCAGGGAACCGCCGCCAACAGCGCCCAGCAAUAUAUCGGUGCCUACCAGGUUGUACUCCGAGCCACUGUACACGACGUGACAACCAAGGUCGUCAUAAUAGAGUAUGCUCUUUAAGUUAAUGCCCACUUAAUUCUACCAACGACAAGUGAGCCUCAAUAGAGGUGACAUAUUCAAAAUUAUAACUUUAAAAUAUACAAUAAAGU